GAAAAAAUGGGUACAGAGAAGAAUAAACACAGAAGAAGCUCGGAACAUUAUUCUUCGCAAGAAGAUGAAGUGAAAAGGAAACGGCAUAAAAGAGAAGAAGGCGAUAAAGAGGAAAGAAGAGAAAAGAAGAAAGGCAGUUCCAGAAAGGAGAAAUCUCAUACGUCUUCAAAACACCGUUCUGAUAAAGAGAAGUCGGGAGAAAAGCAUAAGAGUAAAAGCCACAAGCAUAAGGGUUCCUCUAAGUUAAAAUUUGAAGAACUGUCAAAGGAUGACUAUUUCUUAAAGAACAACGAAUUUGCAAGCUGGCUGAAGGAAAAGAAGAAUAUGUUUUUCAUGGAUUUGUCAUCCGAGGCUGCUCAUGAAUUAUUCAUGGACUUUGUCAAGGAAUGGAACAAGGGAAAGCUUGCAAGUGAAUACUAUGAGGGCAUACUGACCGGCCCUCGAUCAUCUCAUAACUGGAACAUCAAGCAGUAAUCCAUGCAAUGCACAUUGCUUUAAGCCGGGAUGAGUUCCACCGUUGUGACUCAUCCACACGUUUUCAUUGCUGCUUAGUGAGGAUGAGCAUGGCUUUUAAACUGAGUUUUUUUUACUGACGGUGGAGUUAUGCAUGGAAAUCUUGAAUAUACAUAGUAUAUAAAUGCAGGCAUGCAGCAGUGUACCUCAAAUAGGGCUUUCAUUAGAACCAAACCAGCCGAAUCCUUAGAUGGCUUAGGGAGUGUUUGCAACAGCUUCUGCUUAAAAAAAGCACUUUUGGAGUGAUUUGGAAAAAGUGAUUAUUUGUAAAAGUUGAUAGUGUUUGAGAAAAAAGUGAUUUUGAAAAGUAAAAGUUGGUAGUGUUUGGUAAAAUAAGUGCUUUUGGUGUAUAAAAAGUGGAAAAACACUUUUGACACGAAAGUCGAGAAAAAUAAAAAAUUGGUAGUGUUUGGUAAAUAAGUGCUUUUUUAAGCCAAAAGCUGAGAAGUGUUUUUUUUAAAGUGGUUGCAAACCAGCCUUUAGGAUUGUCCACUUGAUUUCAUUAGUUUGUGAUUGUCCACUUGAUUUCAUUAGCAGAUGUCAAGACUGUAAAGUGGAGAUUUUCACAUGUCUUCCAAUCCACCAUUGUUCGGCUACCCAUCUUGAUUGUCCACUUAAUUUCAUACUUGAUCUCACAUAUUUUCGCAAUAAAUCACACACAACUCGCUUAAUACAUGUCUAGUUAUUAAUUUAUUAAUGUAUAU